AGCACUGAAGAUUGUCACAAUACAUUUAAAUGCAUUAAAGGGGAGUGCUGUCAAUAUAAGGAUGUUCCAGCAUGUAGCCUAGAAAAGAAUCCCAACACAAAAGCACCUUGGCCAUGUAAAGGAGGAGGAAGUAAAGUGUGCAGUCCUGGCUAUGUGUGCUUUGAACAUGAAGACAAUAUUUUUUCUGUUUGCUGUCUUAACAUCACUUGUGUUGAUGAAAGUGGAAUUGCACACAAAUGCCUGUAAAAAGUGCAAAACACCAAAUGGAGUAAAGAAACUUCCGUACCAAUAUUGGGCAGACCGCUGCACCCAGUGCACAUGUAAAUCGAAACUGUAUAUUCCAUGCACAAAUCCAUGUGAACGCGGUGUUAAAGACACAUUUUCUGACUACACACCAUGUGACAUAAAUAGUUGCGGUAAACAGGUAGCAAUACAACAAUGUCAUAGCGCAGUCGGAGAAGAUGGAGAACCCUGUCUUGGACAUAACAUUGACAUUAGGACCUGUAAUGAAGAUAAGUGUUCUGGUUGCCCAGGAGGAAGAUUAGCAGAGGGAGCAGAGAUUAUUAUUGGAGGAAUUGAGGUGAAACCUAAGAAUAAUUUCCCAUGGAUGGUGCUGAUUGAAUCUGAAGGUUGUGGAGGAUCACUUAUCUCACCAAGACAUGUCCUGACUGCUGCGCAUUGUGUGGAAAAUGAAGACAAAAUAACCCUAAAGACAGGAAAGCAUGAUAGAACCAUCAUGGAAAAAACAGAACAGUCUAGAACAGUGAGAAAUAUUAGGAACAUCAUUGUGCACCCUAGUUUUGAUGGUAUUAAUCAUGAUAUUGCUAUCAUAAUCAUAACUCCUCCAAUUGAAUUAAACAGCCACACUCAACCAGUGCUGCUGCCGACAAGUCCUAUAUUCAAUAUGAAGACUACAAAAGAUCGACAAUGCGAGGUAGCAGGUUGGGGAAGAACAUCAUUAGAUAAUCUACGUAACUCUGAAGUUCUUCUUCAUGUAAUUCUCAAACAAGAAGAAAAAUGUAAUCUUAUUAAAGCUGACAGAAAGGCUAUCACCAAAGACAUGUUCUGUGCAAGUGAAGACGGAAAGGAUUCAUGUUUUGGGGACUCAGGAGGACCUUUUAUGUGCCGAGAUGAAAAAACUUCAAAAUGGACUCAGUAUGGAGUUGUAAGUUGGGGUCCAGUAGACUCUUGUGGAGAAAAGUCAGGGGUAUACACAAAGGUGCCAAACUACCUCGACUGGAUAAAUGAUAUUAUAUCUACUGAUGGGGGAUGGAGUGAAUGGACUCCAUUCACUGACUGUGCAAAUGGUAUGAAAAGUAGGGCUAGAAUCUGUACAAAUCCAGAGCCAAUAGGAAAUGGUACAUGUAAGGGAACUGGUGAAGUGAGCAAAGAUGAGAAGACUGGGUUGUAUAUGGACAUCGAAAAGGUGAAUUGUUAGGAAACAUGAGCAUUUUAUUGUAUAGUUUGCUCCCAGAAAAUAAAUGAAUCUUUAAAUGAUUUUUGAUAGAAUUUAUUAGAAUUACUCUUUUAAGUCACC